AAUGGGGAGGGGGCACCCGCCCCCUUCCCCCACCCUUCCCUUUUGCUGGGCAGGGGUGGGGGGAGGGGCCGGGCUGAGGCUGCAGCCGCGGCGCUCCGGGAGGGCAGGGCCAGGCAAGGGCGGGACUGGCCCAAGGCAGGCGAUCUGGAGAGCCUUGAAGCUAACGGGUCCGGGCGCGGGAGGCGGCGGCGGCAGCGGCGGCGGCAGCGGCAGCUUUCUGCACGGGCGGAGGCGGCGGCAGGAGCGGCAGGCAUGGCCCGCGCGGCGCCCAGCGCAGACUGAGGGUUUCUCUGCAUCCUCUGUUUCUCCUCGUGUCUGAGACCUCAAGGAGAACCCUCCUGUCUUUCCUAGAAUCCGACUGACGACUUACGGCUGGAGAGCUACAGGAGUAGGGGUCAUGCUGUGGCAACCUGGCGCCUGACAGGUGAGGAAGAGCCUGCCAGGGGAUUCGCGCUGGCAGGAGCCAAGGGCUGGACAGCUUCCUCACACCGGAAGCAGGGGUGGGCAGGACAGCUGCCUUGCCAAGGCCAGCAGUCCCAGGAAGGAGUCUGCUGACCCACAUGGCUUAGACGCAGCACCUUGCUGAGCAGCAGCUGGUCCCAGCUCCAGAGGACCACCCACCCACCUCCAGCAGGAGUAGGUGCUCUGUGACCCCCCCUGUGCAACGGCAGCUGGGGCUGCCAUAACCAGGAGAGAGGACCAACCAGCCCGGCUGAUGGGAAGCAGCAGAACAGAAGCCGUGGAGGGAGAGGAGGGCCUUGGUUUUUACGGCAGUUUCCUGAUGCCCAUGAUUGGUUUUCUUUCUGGCCUCAGGAGGGGCUCCUUUCCCCUGGCCGAGGAGUUGGGCCUGGAGGGCCUGCGAGCGUGAAGAGGACUCGUGCAUGGAAUGCAGGCCCCCUGAAGCCCGUGUUCUCACUGCUGCUGAGAUCAGAGUUCCAGGACUUCCCCACGGCAGGGGAGGAGGGGCUGCCUCCGUGUCUGCUCAUGAGCCACAAGGACCCCGACUGCUCCAGACUGGACCUUUUCAAGCCGCCAAAGAGGGGAGUCCCUGGAGCUGGCCGCCAGCAGUCACAAGGGACUAGAGGGCUGGGAUGGACUGACCGCUGCCUUGACAGGGUGGCAGGAGAAGCAGAGCCUCUGUGGCCCAGCUAGUGACUGAGAGACCCGAUGAAGCCUUAAGGGGAGGCUCCAGUGGCUCAGGGACGGGGGGGAGGGAGGGGGGCGACUCCUGCGGACGUGCUUUCUCCUUCUUUUGAGGGAGGGUGUGACAAGAGUCCCCUGCCACACCUCGUGCCCCUAUGCCCUUUAUACGGGCUGCCGACACAAGCAGGCUGCACCGUGGCUGGCCCCACAGUAGGCUGGGAAAGGACUGGCCACGGUGACGGCUGCCCCGUGGCCAGCACGAUGAAGUGCUCCCUGCGGGUGUGGUUCCUCUCUAUGGCCUUCCUGCUGGUGUUCAUCAUGUCCCUGCUCUUCACCUACUCACACCACAGCAUGGCCACCUUGCCCUACCUGGACUCGGGGGCCCUGGGUGGAACACACCGGGUGAAGCUGGUGCCAGGCUAUACGGGACUCCAGCGCCUUGGCAAGGAGGGCCUUCCGGGGAAGAGCUGCGCCUGCCGUCGCUGCAUGGGCGACGCCGGCACCUCUGACUGGUUUGACAGCCACUUUGACAGUCACAUCUCACCGGUCUGGACCAGGGAUAACAUGAAUCUGCCCCCGGAUGUCCAGAGGUGGUGGAUGAUGCUGCAACCCCAGUUCAAGUCACACAACACCAAUGAGGUGCUGGAGAAGCUGUUCCAGAUCGUGCCUGGCGAGAACCCCUACCGCUUCCGGGACCCUCAACAGUGCCGGCGAUGUGCUGUGGUUGGAAACUCAGGCAACCUCCGGGGCUCUGGCUAUGGGCGAGAUGUGGACGGACACAACUUUAUCAUGAGGAUGAAUCAGGCACCAACUGUGGGCUUUGAGAAGGAUGUUGGCAGCCGAACAACCCACCAUUUCAUGUACCCCGAGAGUGCCAAGAACCUGCCUGCCAACGUCAGCUUCGUGUUGGUACCCUUCAAGGCCCUGGACCUCAUGUGGAUUGCCAGUGCCCUCUCUACAGGACAGAUCCGAUUCACCUACGCUCCAGUGAAAUCCUUCCUUCGGGUGGACAAAGAAAAGGUCCAGAUUUACAAUCCAGCCUUCUUCAAGUACAUCCAUGACAGGUGGACAGAGCAUCAUGGACGGUACCCUUCCACAGGGAUGCUGGUGCUCUUCUUUGCACUACAUGUGUGUGAUGAGGUGAACGUGUAUGGGUUCGGGGCUGACAGCCGAGGCAACUGGCACCACUACUGGGAGAACAACCGGUAUGCGGGCGAGUUCCGGAAGACGGGCGUGCACGACGCCGACUUCGAAGCCCACAUCAUUGACAUGCUGGCCAAGGCCAGUAAGAUCGAGGUCUACCGAGGGAACUGAGCUGCCCACGGAGACAUCAGGACCAGUCAAACCUCGGUCCGGCGAGCACAGGGUGCCGCCCACCAAUCAGACUCUGCACCAUUUCCCGCAACCAAUCAGUGUUGCCGUUGGGCGGAGCUUCUUUCUCAGCCAAUCAUGCGACUCAAGGAGAACUUCCGGCGCCGCCGUCUCCACCAAUCAUGGCCUUGGGAGGCGGCGGGGCCUCGACCCCCCUCCCCCUCCUCUGCUUUGGAUAAGAGUUUCUUUUCCACCUUUUAGGAGGCCAGUGCUGGGCCUGGGCAGGAGUGCCUUGGACUGCUCAUUUCCAGCUUAGGCCCGGAUGGGAGAGUGGAGCCCGCCAAAGAAAUAUGGUCGCGGUGAGACCCUCUCCAGGGCAUUCCGUGGCUCACCAGGUAGUAGGGGAUUAGAUUCACUCCCAGCAAGGUGGACCUCCCUAGGGCUUCACUCCUUAACUAGUGUCAGCAAGGGGUAGGAAGCUCCACUGGGUCACAUGCAAGGUGCUUCUCUCACGUGUGCCCUCACUUCUACUAUCCCCCCCCACCACCACCUUCUCAGCGUCUGACCUUUGGCCCUGGGCUUUCUCUCCAGCUCACCCGUUGAUCUGGAGACAAAAUGACACGGCCGGGACCCUGCUGCUCACUCUCUCUCACUCUCACUCUCUCUCUCUUUCUCUCUUUCUUUCUUUCUCUCUCUCUCUCUCUCUCUCUCUCUCUCUCUCUCUCUCUCUCUCUCUCUCUCUCACACACACACACACACACACACACACACACACACACACACACACACACAGCCCUUAUGUCUAAGGCGAGAGCAGCGCAGUGGACAUCAGGCUGGAGAGGAGAGCCCAGCUGCCUGUGCAUGUACCUUUUUCUUUCAUUGUUACCCCAAAGAGGAGCAGGCAGCCUCUUGCUUGGGGGUCGGAAUUGCUUUGGGCUCAUACUUUAGUUACCCUGAAGCUGCCAGGGAUGGCUGCCCAACCAAGAUUGCCUGACAAUUCUUUGCCAGCCUUGCCGAUGGCCUGGAGCUUUGCUGGGGAGGAGCGGAUUGGUGACUGCCAUGCAUGCCUCCUCCUGUCCGCACCUUAACCUGCUUACUCGCCCGAUCUAACCCACUUUCCAGCUCCUAAAGGGCUGGUGAGUAGAGUCAGGGGCUACAACUGGAAGCUACUUGCAUGACUCGACCCCAAGUCAAGGUUGAGAUUCAGUGGGCUUCAGGGAAUGUCUCAGGCCAUAGGAAAGUACUCCCCCUUCCUUGCAGUGUCCACAUAAAUAUUUUCCAUUCUUAAUAAGUUGACAUUACCAAGCAGCCUCCUGGUUGGGGGACAGUCACCCACAAGGGAUAGUAUUAGUGGGUGGGGAUGAGUCAGCAAGUACCCCUAAAAACUAAUACAUUGAGAACUUUUCUUGAAUCUGUUCCUUCCCAGUUCCAAAAGCAGGGGUGGAGUAAAAGGGGCUACGCUGAGUGGGGUACAGGAGAACCUCUCAGGGCGCUAACCAUCUGGCAGUCGAGGCACCAGCCGUUCUGUUCUUGCCUGUCUCAUCUCUGCUCUCUCAAGAAGCUGCUGUGAUGAGAAGUUGAAAAACAAUGCAAUCAUGCCAAACAGUAUUGAGAAGAAUAAUUUAUUUUUCUCCCUUUCCUUCGUUUUGUUCAAACCAUUAAUCCCCGCCUGGAAGAGGUAGGUCCCAGCACCCAGAUCCUUUCUUCUAUAGUUAUUUAAACAUUUACAUUUUCCCUUCCAUUUCUUUUUCUGAAUUAAAAAGAACAAACCCCA